CGCGCCCGUGACAAUGGGUCAAAAUAUCAACAAUCGCGAAUCAAAUUCUUCCGAGGCCAACGACGACCAGUUGCACCAUGGGCGUCCUACCGACUAGUGUCACCAACCCCGUCAAGCCUCCCCAACAGGAUGAUGAGGAGAAGGUCUUGGAGGCGGAAGACGAGGCCCCCGCUGCCCAAAAAGGGGCUGCCCACGUGCUGGCGUCGGGGGUCUGUCUGGUGACCAAAGUGCUGCUGCUGAUGAUGGCGGGGGCGCUGAUCGGUGUCGCCCUCGCUUCGCUCCUCCGACUCAUUUUGCCGCGACUGAUGGGGCUUUACGAGGCGGAAGGACUUCCGAAAAGGGCCCACUUGCACAUGGUCACGACCAACCUGACCGUCGGCGGUGCGUGCGCCAUCGAAGCACUGGCAAGCAAACACGCGAAUCGCACUUGCAACCUGGUCUUACUCCAGCAACACCCUGCAAAGGUGCACAACCUGGUCAGCCUGUUGGAAAAACACUACCCCAAUCUGAAGACUCAUCUGCACCCUGACGUCGACGAAUACUUUGAAAGUUCGCCCCUCGAAGGGUUCGAGACGGACGUUGAGCCAGACCUGCUUGAGUUGGCAGCGCGCGUUUUGGCGCUGUGGCGUCACGGAGGUGCCAGCGUUGACCUCAAACGACCUGUCCUUGACCAACCGCUUGAAAAAGAGGUCGUUCACCGCUCGGCGGGUGCCCUGCUGCACUUUCCGCAGCCGUGCCACCCCGCCUUGCAAGGCCUGUUAACCACCCUGGGCAAGGGCAGCACUGGGUCGGCCGCCGAGGUCGUCGAACAGGCCACGUCCUGGAUGUGCCGACCUCCGGCCGGGGCCGAAGACCCUUUUUUGCCAAAGCACUGUCUCGGAGUUCACGUGGUCACUUCCAAGAUUGAGCCUCAUGAACAACUGCAGUGUCCGCUUGUUAGAACAAUCCACACUUCCUUUGACCCUCUGGAUCAAUUAAAAAAUUUUGAGGAAGGCAUCUUGAGCAAAUUUUUGCAUAACAGAAUUAUGUGACAUCUGCUCGCUGAAAAUAUGAAUAGGUUCUCAUACAUUAUGUGAUUUUGUAUUUUUGUACCAUCAUUAUCUAAAGUUGUCAACAGUUUUUUCCCCCAUUUACAUAUAUUUCUAUUAUUUUUAACGAUCUGGAAUUAUUUUUUACUUAAAUUAGAUAAAUUUGACUAAUUGCACUAAAAAAAUAAAAAAAUUUAAAAAAUAA